UACUACCCUUUUAGAAGGACUUGAAGGCAGCAAACACUUCUUGUUAUGUCAUUUUUCUACUAUGGCUGCCUCCAUCGCUCUCAUUCAAGGGGCCAGUAGAGGACUGGGGCUUGAAUUCUGCAAAAAUAUAUUAAAAAAUAAAUCACUCGCUUCUGUCAUAGCGACAUGCCGAAACCCUGACGGGGCGGCAGAGCUGCGGGGCCUGGCCGGCCAACACCCGGGCAGACUGACGGUCCUCCAGCUGGAUGUGAACCAUGAGGAGGACAUCCGCGAAGCUGCGGAGCGGGUGAAGAAGAGCUUCGGUCGGCUGGAUCUAAUCGUCAACUCCUCUGCGAUGCUUCACCCCUCAGGGAAAGGAGAGACUAGCCUGAGGGAUGUUUCUGCACAGGGUAUCAUGUCAACCCUGAUGACCAACACUGUGGGGCCCCUGGUCAUGGCCAAGUAUUUUACCCCCCUCCUUCAAAAGGGAGGUGGUGGCUUUGGUCAACAGCCUGCAGAAAAAGCCAAGCAGCACAGCGGCAUCAUCGUCAACAUCACAGCCAAAGUGGGAUCCAUAGGAGACAACGGUCUUGGUGGUUGGUACAGCUACAGAAUGUCUAAAGCAGCUCUCAACAUGGCCACCAGGAAUUUGUCAAUAGAGCUGGGCCGCAGUCGUCCCAAGGUGGUGUGCGUGUCCCUGCAUCCAGGAACAGUCGACACAAGCCUCUCCCGGCCUUAUCAUAAGAAUGUGCCAAAAGACAAAUUGUUCAGCACUGAACACUCUGUGAACUGUCUGAUGAGCAUCGUAGACACUCUGAGUAUCGAAAAGACUGGAAAGGCAUACAACUGGGACGGGGCUGAACUACCGUGGUAGAACUACUACUCUACUAGCUGUGCUGAGACUGUGCUGAGAUAAACUGGACAUUACACUGAAAAAUCUCUGGACUUGUGUUGUACAGGACCUUCCCACUGAGUCACAGACUAAAUAAUCAAAGACAACUCAGGGUUGAAAUCGACUUUUAUGUUGCUCAUGAUGUCAUCACAUCAAGACCUUAUGAGGCCUUAAGAUAUGAUGCAAUUGUAACUAUGCUUUUGAUCUAAUGUUUUGCCUUACUGUUGGCUUAUUUUGGUUAUAUGAAAAAUUUAAUAUCACACUAAUCUGGAUGAUUUUGUUUUGAAUUUGUUUUUUACAGUAUUAAUUAUUCAUGCAGAGUGGUUUAUAUUAAAGAGUAUAAAUUAAUUACAUAAACCUUGGCAAGAUAA